UCACGCGCGCCGGAAGUGGCUGUUGGCGGCGCGGCGGCGCGCCCAGAGGGUGGGCUGUGAAGCGCGCGGGGCGCCGCCCGGGUGUGCCCGAGGCCGGGGAGGAGGCUGCAGCCCUGCGCAGGCUAGUGAGUGCGAAAAGUUACCACCCAUAUAAUGGAAUUUUAUGUGAUUGCAUAGAUCAGAUUUCUUUAUUCUGGAUAUCAUGGUAACAAUACAGGAAGUAUGCAUUAUUUCUCAUUUCUGCAAGUAGUCAUCACUGCUGAAGGAAUAAAUUUUUUCACACUGCAACAGAAUUCAUUUUGGAAUUUUUAUGGAAAUCCUGAUCUUGUUUUCAGUUUUUGAUAAUCUCUUGCUAAAGGUAUGAACAAGCAAAGAACUUACCUCAUCAGGCAAGUCCACAUUAGUGAGAAUGCCUAGAAGAGGAUUAAUUCUCCAGACCCGGACCCACUGGCUUUUGUUGGGUCUUGCUUUACUCUGCAGUUUGAUACUAUUUUUGUACCUUCUGGAAUGUGCCCCCCAGACUGAUGGCAAUGCAUCUCUUCCUGGUGUCAUUGGGGAAAAUUAUGGUAAAGAAUAUUAUCAAGCCCUCCUACAGGAGCAAGAAGAACAUUAUCAAACCAGGGCAAACAGUCUGAAACGCCAAAUUGCCCAACUAAAACAAGAAUUACAAGAAAUGAGUGAGAAGAUGAGAUCAUUGCAAGAGAGGAAGAAUGUAGGGGCUAAUGGCAUAGGCUAUCAGGGCAACAAAGAACAAGCACCUAGUGAUCUCUUGGAGUUUCUUCAUUCUCAAAUUGACAAAGCUGAAGUUAGCAUAGGAGCCAAACUACCUAGUGAGUAUGGAGUCAUUCCAUUUGAAAGUUUUACCUUAAUGAAAGUAUUCCAGUUGGAAAUGGGUCUCACACGCCAUCCUGAGGAAAAGCCAGUUAGAAAAGACAAGCGAGAUGAAUUGGUAGAAGUCAUUGAAGCUGGCUUAGAAGUGAUCAAUAGUCCUGAUGAAGAUGAUGAACAGGAAGAUGAAGAUGGUCCCCUUGGAGAGAAGCUCAUAUUUAAUGAAAAUGACUUCAUAGAAGGUUAUUAUCGUACCGAGAAAGAUAAGGGCACACAGUAUGAACUCUUUUUUAAGAAAGCAGACUUUAUGGAAUACAGACAUGUGACCCUCUUCCGCCCUUUUGGACCUCUCAUGAAAGUGAAGAGCGAAAUGAUUGACAUUAGUAGGUCAAUUAUUAAUAUCAUUGUGCCACUUGCUGAAAGAACUGAAGCAUUUGUACAGUUUAUGCAGAACUUCAGGAAUGUAUGUAUUCAUCAGGACAAGAGAAUUCACCUCACAGUGGUGUAUUUCGGGAAAGAAGGACUAUCUAAAGUCAAGUCUAUCCUAGAAUCUGUCACAAGUGAGUCUAGUUUUCACAAUUACACCUUGGUCUCACUGAACGAAGAAUUUAAUCGCGGACGAGGACUAAAUGUGGGUGCCCGAGCUUGGGACAAAGGAGAGGUCUUGAUGUUUUUCUGUGAUGUUGAUAUAUAUUUCUCAGCCGAAUUCCUUAACAGCUGCCGGUUAAAUGCUGAGCCAGGUAAGAAGGUGUUUUACCCUGUGGUAUUCAGUCUUUACAACCCUGCCAUUGUGUAUGCCAAUCAGGAAGGACCGCCGCCUGUGGAGCAGCAGCUGGUUCAUAAAAAGGAUUCUGGUUUUUGGCGAGAUUUUGGCUUUGGAAUGACUUGUCAAUAUCGAUCAGAUUUUCUCACCAUUGGUAUAGCAGUUCAUGCACUGAUAAUAAAGGAACAGCAGUAUGGCUGCUUACAGCAGCCUAGUGUGAUCAUGCUAUCACUUCACUGCAGCCUCGCCUACAGCUAAUGAAUCAUUAUGAAAUGUUCAUGGCAUGCAGUAUUAGUCAUAUUCAUAAUACAGUAUUGGGCAUACCUAACUUUGUCUUAAAUUUUUUUUGAUAUGUGGUUCAUCUGUGAGUUUUUUCAAAUUGUCACAAAUCUCAAAAAAAUUUUCCAAUAUAUUUACUGAAGAAAAAUCUGCAUAUAAUGGACCCAUGCAGUUGAAACCUUUUGUUCAAGGGUCCAUAAUUGAUAUCUCUUUAUUAAUACUCUCUAUUUGAUGAAACAUUGUCAUCUUGCUUUCUGUUACUUUAAACAUGAUUUAAAAAAAUUUUUUAACAUACUUGUAAUGGUUGUUUUGAAAUGUUUGUCAAAACCAACAUCUGGGCCCUCUCACAGGCAGUUUCUGUUGCCUGCUUUUUUCUUUUUUGAGUAUAUGGGUCACACUUUUCUGUUUCUUUACAUGUCUUAUAAUUUCUUUUUUGAAAACUGGAUGAUAGUAAUACGGUAAUUCUGGAUAUUAAUUCCCCCCUGACUCCAGGGCUGUUCUUUGGUUUUGUUGUUGCUUGUUCGUUUAUUUGUUGGCUUGGCUUUACUGCUUUAUACUUCAGUGAAUUCCAUCUCCCCACCUCCACUAUGUCACUUCUUGUGUCACCUUUCAGGGCAUGUGCACCCAGGAUGGCAUUAGAUUGAACAAGACUCCCCUUUACCGUCUCUUUCCAUGCCUCUGUUGAUAUCACUCCCACCUGUUAGGCUCCACUAAUUGCUCCUUGUUUCUUUUGAUGCUCUGGAGCAUAAAUUGCUUCAUAGUCUGACCCAAUUAAAUCAAGCCCUUUAGCAGGGCAGUUUUUGAGGCAAGUCUUCCAGGCUUGUUCAGACCCCGGGAGGGCUCUUAUUAGCUGUCUCUUUCCUUCUUUCUUUGUAGUAAACUAGUUGGCCUACAUUUUAGCUUAUUGCUCAAAUAGAGCUACCAGCCUCCUCUUAUUAAUUACUUAUAAUGAAAAUCUCCAUUAUUUUCAUGAGCCCCCUUAGGCUUAAUCUUCUGCACACUCUGUGUCAAAUAAAGUCAGCUCCUUUGGGAAGAGCUUUAGAGUGGUGGUUGUUAUGAACCACCUCUUCCCCUGGGAAAAAAUUUCUGAGGCACUGCUCUCAUUGUCUCAGAAUGACAACCCUGCUUUAUGAGCAGGACACAGUAGGGACAGAAGGGCCUGGCUCUCUCCUGGGUGAAGGCUCUUCCCUGCAGUUGUGGGCUGGGGGAGGAAGGGAGCCCUUGCUCUCUCAGCAGAGCUUGUUUAGAAUUUGGCCUUUUUGAUUUGGAGCUUCUGUUCCCUUUUAUUUCCUCUCCUUCUGGUAUUCCUAUUACACCUAUGCUAUACAUUUUGCAGUUGUGCCAUAGUUCUUGGAUAUUCUUUUCUGGGUUUGGAGGGUUUUACCCAAUCUUCUUUAUCUUUGCUUUUUAGUUUUGGAAGUUUCUUGACCUGUCCUCAGAGAUCCUUUCCUCAGCUAAUACCACUCUACUGUUAAGCCCUUCAAACGCAUUCUUCAUUUCUGUUAUAUUUUUAUCUUUAGCAUUUCUUUUUGAUUCUUUCUUAGAAUCUCUCUCUGCUUAGAUUACCCAUCUGUUCUUACAUGUCAUGUACUUUUUCUGUUAUAGUCCUUAGCAUAUUUACCAUAGUUGUUUUAAGUCCAAGUCUGGUAAUUCCAACAUCCCUGCCAUAUCUGAGUCUGGUUCUAAUGCUUGCUCUGUCUCUUCAAAGUGUUUGCCUUUUAGUAUGCCUAAUUUUUUCUUUAUAGCUGAACAUGGUGUGUAUUGGGCAAAAGGAACUGCAGUAAAUAGACCUUUAGAAAUGUAGCGGUAUGGUGCAGGAGAAGAGGAAGCAUUCUGUGGUCCUGUGAUUAGGUCCCAGUACUUAGUGAGCCUGUGCUCUGGACCAUGAACUUCACAAGUGUUUCUCAGACACUGCCCCUCACGUUAGAGGGGACAGGAGUUGGGUAUAUCCCUUUCCCCAGAUAGGUUAGACUCUGACAAAAUAGUUACUCCUGAGGGCAAGGCUUGUUAAAAAGAGCAAAAUAUUCUGGCAUAUUUCAGAAUGAUUACUUUCCCUCACCCCCUGCUGGAAGCACUGGGGGAUUUUUUUCCAGUUUUCCUUGCAAGAGAACCUGGUAGAACUCCUAGAGGUAAAGCUCAGAAAAGCAUAGGGGCCCUCCGAUGACUGGGCCCCCCUGGAGUUUGUAGCUCUCAGAGGUACCCACCAAAUAUCUACAGUUUAGAUUUUCCUACCUCAGUACUGGUUUCCCUGGAAAUUUUUACAGUGGAUUUCUGCUCUAAUAAUUGUGACUCUGUCUUAACCUAUCUGUCUCUCCAACGUUGGGGUAGCAAUUUGCCCUGUGACCUUAUUUCUUUAAGAAAUCUGAGGAGAACUGUUGAUUUUUCAAUUUGUUCUGUUUUUUACUUCUUGUUAAAACUCUUCUCUAAACUCUGUACAUGCUGGACUAGAAACUAGAAAGAAGUCCCUCAUUUAGUUAUCUGUGCCAUCUCUGAUAUUUGAAGAGCUUUUUCAUAUCUACAAGGAAAAAAAGGCAAGAUGUAUCCAAUAUAGAAUUUAGUAAAGCUGUGACUAUUUCAUACUGUUUAGAGAUGUCAGAAUUAUUGUCAUCCUGUGAGUGUAAAAUUAAGUGGCAUAGAAUUAUUUGGCAGAAGAUGUAAUUUGGAAACCUAGCUCUUAAUUAAAGAAUUAAUAUUUUUCUCAGUUAAUCUUUUCUAGCUCUUUCAAAAACUUCUUUAAAAAGUUUAUUGUUGAUCUUAUACCAAUAUAAAAAUAAUCUCAACUUUACCUCCCAUUUCCUGUGUCCACCCACGCCAGUGAGCCUUCUGCCCCAUUGUUCCAAUUGUUCUAGGUAAAGUUUAAAUGACAUUUAUGUUGCCAGGUCUACUUGCUUCUUUAUAAGCUCUUAAUUGAAUAGCACACACUUGACCUAUUCUUCCUCAAGACACUUUAUUCACUUGACUACUGUGAUAGCACAUUCUCCAGAAUUUUCUCCCUUCUGUGGGGACAUUUUUCAGUCUCUUUGGCUGACUUGUCUUUCUCUGCCUGUUUAACCUCUGUAUGUUGGCAUUUCUUAGCAUUUAGAACUAGGCCCUGUUUUCUUUCGAAACUCCUUCAUCCACUCCAAUGGCUUUAAGUCAUGCAUGUGCCAUUCUCAAAUACAUAUCUCUAGCUUGGCCAUUUCUUCUAUUUUCCCCUCUGGGAAGUUUUCUGUGACCCAGAAAAACCUGUGUCUAGAAGGUUAGAAAACAAUAAAAUAUUAAUGGCAGUAAGAUUAUGGGUGAUUUAUAUUUGACUGUAUUUGACUUUCUAUAGAUUUUCUUUAAACUUUGGAGUUUGCAAAGCAUUCUGAAAUACUUUUAUCUCAUUUUGAUAAUCUCAAAAACAGACCUUGGGCUCCUAGAUGUCAGCUGGUCCCUGGACUUCCAAGCCAGGACAUCAGUCCUCCACAUCAGGUGUCCUGGAGCUGUACUGUGUCAUCUCAUUUGAGGCAGAACAUUGCAAUCUUUGUCAGGUUUGGCCAUGCUCUGGCUGCCAGGCACUUACUUAUAGUGUCAAUUUUGAUC